GGAGACCACUCUGGUUUAUCUGCAUCAGCCGCAUCUUCGCUAUUGGACGUGACAGUUAGUAGCGUGAGAACAAUGGCAUUGGGCGGUGGGGUGGCAUCACCACAGGCCGCAUGGAUGAUGACAGUGCUGGGAGAAGAACAGCAGCAGCCGAUGGCAACACUGCAACCACCAGUGACUGCGACGACGUCCGCAUCACUAUCACAAGGACAUCAGUCGACUAACAUACCAACCGCGACAGGACAACAACAACAGCAACAGCCAAGUACCACGGCAGUAGAAGCAACAGAAACGACAAUGAGCCCUCAUAUACCAAAUCCUGACAACGCCAGUUCGAGUGCUAAAAAACUGUCACAAGAUACUGUCGAACCUGCUCUAGGUUCAUCUUCAAAGUGUACCGAAACGCCACCGCCUGGGGACAAAGAUGGUCAUUCUAUUGAUGCGUCUGGUGUUUUGUCGUCUUCGCAGGAUCCUAAUUUUGUAGCGCCAACAAUUCCGGAAACUGAGAACCCUGAAACAGUAGAUGCUGUUGAAACAACUUCUACCGAAAUGGUGCGAGACAAUUUGUCUGCAGGGCAAGAGACUGCGAAAGACGAACCUCCGACUGGG